AUGGCGGUGAAGGUCAACGCAAGCAGCCGACAGCGGCCUAUCGACUUUACAGGCGACGUUGUUAAGCUGUCCUGGGACGAGAUCUUACCUAGGUCAGGCGAUACCCUCGCAGAUCUUGUUGCGCGUCGCGAAAAAGUGGCAGCUGUCAUCUGCGCAGGUCACUCCCUCGCGGUUGCGCUUGGGGUGCUGGACAGCGGGCAUGACGCUCCGAGCGCCGAGGAAGUCGCUGAGCCGAAUUUCAACGAGGUUGAGCGCCGAGUCCAGGCUUAUUUUGAAGAGAAAGGCCAGCUGCCUAAGAUUAAUUUCGACAAGGAUCGGCUCGCUAAGUCCACCCAGCCGGGCGGAAAGAACGUCAAGGAACGUCGCCGGUUGGCCCUGGCGCGCUUGUAUGGCAAAAACGCGGAAGAAGUCACGCUGGGCAACGUCUACUAUGUGGAGUCAAAGAUGUCGCCAAUGCUUCCACUAAUCACGAGGAUGGACAAGAUCAUCUGCGCUGAACGCCGGCUGGACACGAUUGAUUCCUGGGAGCAGGUAGAGUACCGCACGGUCAAGCAGGUCCACAGCAAGCUGGUCGCGGCAGAGAACAGCGUGAUGGCCGAGCACAAGUGGCUCGUCAAACAGAGCGAGUCUCACCGCGAGACGUUCAACGGCCGUCUCCUCUCUGCGCGGGCGAAAGAUUCAAGCAAGCAGCAUCCCAAUCAUCUUGGCCAGUGA